AUGCCAUCUCCCUACUUUAAGGAGGCAGUACCGCAGUACCUAGUGAUACUGGAGGAAGCGGUAGUAGCGCCAUGGGCCGGCAAGCGCAUCAUCUGUAUAGGCGAUUACGCGGAUGAUCUUCCUGAGGAUUUCUUGACUGAUCGCGAAAAAGCCAUGAUACCAAACAAUCUCUUGUAUCGGUAUGCAGACCGAUUCACUCGCCCAUCACCUACCAGUGAAACGAAUGUUGGAUACUGCCUACGCGCAUACAUGUAUUUGAUGGGGUCGAACUUGAGCACGGGGAUGAAGAAGGAGUUGAAAUCUAUGUGCUUUACGCCGCUUAUCGACCCUGUGCUGCGAAACCUGACAACAAAGGAGUACGUCCGCAGUACUGCAGUCCCGAGUGACAUCAAUUUCGGACACAUACUGCUUCUGAAGAUCUGCUGGACGUCUGAUCCAUCCAUGUCCCUUGGGUACAGAGGUGAUGAGGAUUUUCAUCGGGGAGCAUGGGCCGGCCAUCGGUUUGACAUAGCAUCGCCCGAAUGGGUCGACAGCACCUGGAAGGACGUCAGCGACGCUGUAGUGCCUAAGGUUGCUGCAAUUUUUCGCGCAGGAUAGCAUGCGACACACGUGCCACUGGGUCGCCGCCUGCUACUCUGCCUGUAGUUUGGGUGCCCAAAGCCUCUUUUAGCUUGCGCUGACUAGUGAAUUAGGGCAUUUUACGUGGGAAUUGAAUGGAAGCGGCUCUUGCAUAGAUCCUUCGGGUGUUGUACGGAGAAUUUACUAGAUACGCAAUUGGUGUUGGAAGGUGCCAUGGCCAGCAUAGUCACUACAAUCCGCC